AUGGAAAAGAUACGAGGUCAAACCUGGGAUCCUUCUGGUUUGCUUAUCAGCACAUGGCUUAGUAUCUCGUAUCCAUGCGUGGCCCAUGGUGCAUACACUAGAGAGAAGUUUCUCGUAUGCUUACCUUUUAACAGAGGAGGUACUGGAAAGAAAAAUGGCACCACAAAGAAAUUUGAACGAAUCGCCGAAAGUGACUUCAGUUGGAGCAUGGGCCUCUCCCAUGACACCGAGCUCGGCUCGACAUGUUUCUGGCGGCUUGAGAUUGAGGUGCAUCGCAAGCUGAACGCCAUAGUACUCGUCGUUUCGAGGGCCAUUAGUUGUUACAGUGAUAACACAAAGCGAUUGAAACGCGUCCGAAAAGUGUACAGAUUGCCGGACUGCUAUGAUGUCAGCACUACAAUCACUACAACCUAUGACUGGGCGGUGGUGGUCGAAGCCUACAAGCGCGAACGAACUAUAGGUUUGAUUCGACGAUGUGCAUCAAACCCUUAG